AAAAUGAAAACAGAUCCUGACCAAAAGCCACCAUUGAAAACUAAAGAGCGAAAAAUAAAUGGGGACCACUUUCCAGCUAGAAGAAUACCACCAAAUGUUCUAAAACGCACCCUAGAAAUCGCCACCAAUUUCGAGGAUGGAUAUUGGACAAAUAAAAACACAUCGUGUGUUCCCCCAACCAGCUACGAAUUAUACUCCGGUGCAAAACGAUCAGUAACCUCCGAAAAACUUCGUUUGGCUCGAAGUUGCCUCAUGCAGCGGGACUACAAGACUCUGGCCAAAAUUCUGGCCUCCAAUCACUUGGGGGAAGGUACGCUACAGAAGACGGCAUUCACAGUGUUUUCUGAGUAUUCCGGCUUGCUCCAAAAACACCCAAAACUCAACACAAAGAUGGCCAAAUCCCAAGAACAACCGACUCGUCCAAAAAGUCCUAUAGUUGAGGAGGAAACCAUGGAUUAUCUUUUAUCUUAGUUUAAGCCCCAUUCGAAUUCAUAAAAUUAAACGAUUGUCUUUAUUUUUGGUAAAAACACAACCUUAUACAUGUGUAUAUUUAAUAAGCGUUAUGUUCUUCCUUUUAUUUGACUUAUAUCAUUAUCAAUAUCUUUUAAGGUUUUGCUAAAUAAAUACUGAAACGUGUGUACAAAAUGUGUGAAAAGAAAAAGGUGUGUGGUGUUUUAAAAAUUGUGUAUAUACAGUUUAGAUUUUCAAAAUGAUCAUAUGUGUCAAACAAGUCUCGAAAGUAGAUACCUUGUAAUUUGUAAUAUUUAAAUACGUUCAUAUAUAUAUUGGGUACUUAGUUGGUAACAACUUCUAGGUACAAAGGGCUUUUGUUUUCCUUUCCGCAGAAUAAUGCUCGAUUUUCUUCAUAAUAGCAAUGGUGGCUCUCGAAUUACGUUCGCAAUUGGGUUAGUUUGGGUAAAUUGAUAUUUCUUUCAACGUUGUUUUAUAAACUCUUCGUCAAACCAUCAACAACAGAUUUAGAAUACUUGAGUACGAGUGUAAGCCAAGUUCAAGAUCCCGACCAGGUCGGGCCUCCCGUGGAUAUAGUUAGUGUCUGUUUAUGGCAGCAUAAAGUACAAGCAUACAAUACAUAAUUU